CCAAAAUAAACAGUUAAGCUUUUAAUAAAAUUCUGAAAUACAUGUAUGAUCCUUUUUUAACUUUCAAUUUAUAAGACUUUUGUUAUUAAAAAAUUGUAAAACCCUAAUAUCGAUUUCUUAUAAGGUACAUGUCUCCCACAUGACCCUAUAAAUCCAUGCAUGUAAUUAGUGCACGUAUGUCUUAUUCUAUAAUUUGUGUUAUUCAAUUCUUUUACAUGCUAGCAUUUUAUACAUGUUUGUACGCAGUGGACAAUGUUUAUAUUUUUUGCGCCUGCGCAAUGCAACGUUGUCAAAGACUUAGUCCUGCGACUAAGCGUUUCGUUUACGAUUAGACUUACGCCACUUGGUGAAAUGCAAAUUACGCCUGACUAAAUUUUGGCGUAAGUCCCGGGAGUACACCUAAGUUAAGGCUUAAAUCUACGACCUUUGAUGAAACGGGCCCCAGAUCUAAAAGGUAAUUUUAACAAAAAUAGGAGGUGCACAAUUGAACUGUGUAUUAAAGAUUAUGCAAAAGAUUUGCAGAAAAGAUUUUAAAAAAGUGUUCUAAAAAGUAUAACAGACGGACGUAAAGACAGACAUACGGACGGACACGGACGGCUAGAAGGACGGACGAACAAACUUCCCGAUCACCAUAUAACCUUCCGAUUUUCAAGCGAGGGUAUUAAAAUGACAUUUAAAGUUCGGCUCUUUUACUUGAUUUUCUGUACGAUUUUUAUUUUUUUUUCCUCUUUAAUACUUUACAGUGUAAGAAAUAAGGCAUUUAAAUCUUCACGAAUCAAUAUUUGAAAAACAAAAUGAAAAAAGGAGGAAGAUUGCAAAGAAGGAAAUUUUUAUCUACUUCCCUGUGGUUUUAAUACGCGCUUUUGAAUGUACAUAUAAACUUGAUAAAGCAUAACAAAAAGGAAAUCUUUAAACAACAGAAGUAAACAUCCGGAUGAUGUAGACUGCAGUGAAUAUAUGGAUACAAUGAAAGAAAUAGGAAUAAUAAUCAAUAUGAUUGUAUGCUGUUUCAUUGUCAAAGGAAACAUUACGACAUAUAACUGGUUUGAUGCACAACAACUGUGUCGAAAUUCUAGCAAACGUUUAACAACUAAUGCAUCGGAUUCAAUGGAUUUUAUCUGGACUGGAAGACAUAAAAUAUUUUCUCAGUGGAUAAAAAUAUUAGGUUGCUACAAAGAUUCCAGUUUACGAGGUGAACUUAUAAUCAACAUGACAGAUCUUGAGUACCCAUCAAUAGGACUAUGCCAAGAACACUGUUUGAGACGAAAUUAUAGUGUUUACGCUAUAAAGGCUACAGAGUGUGUAUGUCUCCAGAAAGAUUUCAAAGGAAUCCAGCUUUCCUGGGAUGAAUGCGAUAGAGACUGUUUAAAUGCGGAUGAUAUUUUGUCUACUGAAUGUGGCGGAGACGAAGCUUUUACUGUGUUUUCAACCGAAACUAGUAAUCAAUUUACGGAUGUCGAAAAACGCUGUAUCGCCCUGAUGUGUGAAAAAGAUGUUUCUAGAUUUAAGCCAUUUGACUGUUCUAGUCCCUUGGGAAUCAUUUGCAGUAUUUCUGAAAUAUAUGUUGAUCAAAAAAGAUGGAGACUAUCAUUCCAAAAAUGUAAAUCCAUAAACAGUACAAAUCAAAACAGAAUGAUUGAUUUAUCAAAAGCUGAGGAGGCGUGUGAUAUAAUCAACAUAACCUUCGACGCUCCUUUGUGGAUUGGAAUUGUCCGAGAGAAUUAUGUAUCGGAAGAUCAAGGAGAAUCAAUUUUAGACAAAUCAUUAGUCACCAAAUGUCAAAAAUGCAAAUAUAGCCAUUGUGAAUUUGUAACAUGUUCCGAAAAGAAUAUUACUGAUGUAAACUGCACGGACUUAUCUACAAAAAUUCCUGACAAUGAACCUCCAGGUGAAUCAAAUUUAGAUAUCAGAUUAAUCAUUGGUCCAGCAACAGCUGUCUUUGUCGUUGGAACAGCAAUUAUCAUCUUUUUGAUUCUCUGUAAAAGAAAGAGACGACAACCUAAAACAAAGGAAACCCCAGCAACCAAGACAGACUACGAAAUAGUACAAAAAAGAAAAAUAUCAAAUAAAAACAAACGCUAUACAAAAGAUGAUAUUCGUCAUCUUGGGCACUCAAACCUAAGUUAUAUUGAGACCACCGAGGUCGUCAAGGAACAAGAGAUCCCUUACUGUACAAAACAGGAUGGAGAUUAUGACGAACUUCAUCAGACAAAGUCCCGAAAAAUAGAGAGAUCUGAUAUAUUUCAUUACUCUCUUCAUCUUCCUCCCACAUAUAACAUCCCUUGUCAAGAAGAAAAGAAGGAUACUAUUGUAGAAUCUGGUUACGAUGUAGCCUUCACAAACAGAAUUUCAAAAAUCGAAUUGUCGAAAUGUCAUCAAGAAAAUGUUUAAUUGUUUAUUGAAUUUAACUUUUUACCAAUAAAUAAUAAAUCGAAAAGCUAUAUUUUUAAACAAAAUUUUGCUAUAAGUAUUGUAAAUUUGAAUCUGUUGGCUUACUUAGUUUACAUGCGUUUAACUAAUACAUAUUCUAUGCAAAAUAUGCAGAUACAACAGAUCUGGAUUGACACAUGUAUCCUCCCAGUAAAUGUGUUAAAUGUGUAUCAACCGACGGCUAAUUUUUUUCUUAAUUCCUGGACAUGGGGAAGAUGAUCCCAGCACUUUUCGGGUUUAGAUAUUUGUCUUAAAGAAAAAACAAUCAAUUUCUUGGUGAAAAAUUAUCAGAACAUCGUUGAACUUUAACGAUCUUUCUAUCCGUGCAUAUAUAUUUUUUUAAUUUUGACCAUGUCACGCGAGAAACAGCUGAUGUACAUGAAAUCGCUUUGGCCAAAUUCUGUUGAGACACCAAACUAACAUAUGCAUUAGUACUAUUCCCAUUAAAUUUAAUCUCAUUUCAAUAAAAAAGAUGUCCAGAUUAUAUUGAUUUUGUUGGUUUAUUUUAAGGCAUAUUUCUUACGGGCGUCCUUAUAGCUGCAAGCAUAAAUUUUUUUUCUUUGUUCAUGCUUCCUAAUUUAGUAUCAAUAUAUUUUUCUGAAAGUA